AUAUUAUAAAUGUCAAACAUCCAUUCAGGAAAGAGAAGCCCUAGCUGUGACUUUAAUGAUAUUGAUGAAGGAGAAGGCAACGAAAUCGCAACUCCAGUAAACCAGUCAACCACCAAGAUGGAUGUAGAGACUUUGCUUAAGAAAUCCCAACAGUUUAGAGAUGAGAUUGACAGAAAAAGGGCUCAGAUUGAAACUUCUCCUCCAAGAGUACAGGAGUUCAGGAGGGAGCUCUCGCCCCAACAUGAUACAAGAAGCGUUCCUUUAGAUUACAAUGAGAGGUCGAAUGACGAUAAUUCAGAUCUUCAGUUUAAACGAAAAUAUACUGAACAAAAUUCGAAUGAAAUCGUUAUCCAAGAAAAUCAAAGCAAAUGAAAUACAUAUGAUUACAAUAGUAGUAAUAAUCAAAAUAUAAGGAAGAACUUUGAAGUGUCGAGUGACAGAAUCGACUCUCAAAACUACUAUAAGGGUUACAUGCAGUCCAAUCUCCUUAACACUCCUGAUGGGGAUACUCAGAACAUAAGCAAGUCAAAGAAGAAGGUUUCCAUUAGUAUGAACGAAACCCCGGGAAAUUUUAUCUCCAGAUACAAGAAUAAAAUGCAGAGGAAAAACAAUGUCUCUCCACCAUUGCAUGCUAAAGGAAGAAGUAGCAUAAUGGCUUCCCCUAAAACUGCUUUAUCCAAUAGAUCAACAACUACAGUUAAGAGUUAUAAUUUUAGGAUUGGUCAUUCGAACAAGAGCAAUAGGUUUACUGGGACUUCACCUAGAAAUCCUUACUACAAAAAGAAAUCUAGAGCUGCUACUAACGAAGGAUAUGCAGCCGCUCUGCAAAAGGAAUAUCAACACGAGCAGUUCCACAUGCAGACAAUUUCGAAACUGAUGAAAGAAAUUGAAGAUAUUAAGAUGCUUUACCAGUCAAGAGAGGAGAAACUUAGCAAUGAAAUUGCCCAAGAAAGAGAAAUGUUCAAACUCACUCUUGCGAACAAAGAUCAGAAAAUUAAAGACCAGGAGGCUAAUAUUCACAUGUUAGAGACCCUUGCUCAGGAGACUGAGUCCACUGGCAAAACUAAGGUCGAGCAUUUCGAAUCCACAAUUCAGGAAUGUGUCAAGAAGUUACAAGAUGAACAGUCUAUUAAUCAUCAGUUAAAAUAAUGAGAAUAAUACAUUGAAGAUACAAAUCGGUCAACUACAGAAGACAGUUGAGGGACAAAAAGCUGCUCACGAGAGUUUAAGAAAUCAAUUAGCCGAAGUUUACAAAGAAAAGCAGAGAGAGUCUCAACAGCAACAGAACUAUAACUACGUUCCUCAGACUAGAGAUAAUAUUGACGAAAGGCCAAAGAGUUAUUCUCAUCAAGUGAAUAAGAAGGAGCCUGAGCCUGAGAAAAUUCCAAUGACUAGCAGGUGGGCUAAACCAGUGAGUGAGAUAACAAAUCCUGCUGCUCCUUCUAGUACUAGCACUCCGAGGCCAGAUGGGUAUGGUUAUAAGAGCUCAUUUACAAGAAAUCCUAAUAAGGAAACAUGUAUGAUGGAGAAGUAUUGCUCAAAUUCGAUCGGACAAAUUCUUAACUGGGGGCAAUAGUCAUGGAGUAUUUAAAACAAUAAAUUUUUAAUUCAACAUGAGGCA